AUGCCCUCACGAUCGCCGUCACGAGGGCGAUCUCCUACAAGAUCGCAUACGCCAACUUCCUUACAACGAGCACCCUCUCCACCCUUUAAUCGUUCUCGUUCGCCGCGUCGAUCACCCUCCCCACGGUCACGCUCUCGUUCUCCUUCUCGGUCGAGAUCCAGAUCAAUCACUCGGUCGCCUGCCCCUCGCGAUGGGCGCAAUGGGCAUGGCCGGGCUAGAAGCCACAGCCGAAGCACCUCGCGCAGCAGGAGCAGGAGUCCAAGUCGCGGUGACAGAAGGUCGUAUCGAGAAAGAAGCUACACGCCCAGCCCCAGUAGAGACAACCGACGGAUGCAGAGCUCCAAGAUUGUGGUGGAAAAGCUGACCAGAAACGUGACCGAGGCCCAUCUGCGCGAGAUCUUUGGCUCAUACGGUCGCAUCGAGUCGGUCGACCUCCCACUGAACAAGCAAUUCAUGACAAAUCGCGGCACCGCCUACAUCCUCUAUGAUCACCCUUCAGGUUCGGAAUCUGCCAUUGCCCACAUGCAUGAAGCCCAACUGGACGGUGUCGUCAUAUCCGUGAGCAUUGUACUUCCUCGCCGGGCCUUCUCAAGGUCACCGCCUCCAGCCAGAUCUUCCCGCUAUGGCCCACUGCCCUCCCGCUACGGGCCACCACCAAGAGGACCCCCUCCCCCAAGAUAUCGAAGCCCACCCCCAAGGAGAGGCGGGUAUGGUGGAGGAAGGCGAGCAGCCGAAGACGACACGUACAUCCCCCAUGACACAUACUCAAGGUCUCCUUCACCGCCUCGACGGCGUCGACGGUCACCCUCAUACUCCAGAUCCCCAUCUAGGACACCGCCCCGAAGACGUGGCCCACCGGCUCGAAGUCCACCACGGCGGAGGAGACGCAGUCCAAGUUACAGUUCCCGGAGUAGCUACAGCCAAAGUAGAAGCAGAAGCAGAAGUCGAUCAAGGAGCAGACCCAGGUAG